AUGAAGUUCCCGCUGUCGGCGUGUCCGUUCCAGGCGCUCGAUCUCACCGACACGGAGAAGAGCACCCUCAAGUCCAUCUCGGAUGGAAUUCUGUCCGAGACCAUCGCCGAGUACGAGCGGAUGCUGGUGCAGGGCAACGGCGUCUUGGACACCGAGCGCUGGAAGCUCAUCAAGCGGAAGGAGAACAUCGCGGCCUACCACGACCGAUGCGCACUCGCAGUGACGCUCCAAGCCUCGAGCAGCAUGGCUAAGCUGGGCCCCGACAGUACGGAAGACCCGGUCGCGCCUCCCCCGGCCCCCACAGCAAAGGUCCCGAUGCAUCGAGUUCUGUGGCACGGUACCAUCAACUGCGACCUGGACGACCUUAUGCUGGGCGUGGUGAACCAGAACGCAGACAUGUGGAAGGUCAAGUCUUCGUACGUGGAGGACAAUGGACUCGACUACUUCCUUCUGGCGUCGAUCAACGAGCGCAGCAUCGAGAAGCCCUUCGACGGUCUGCAGGUCAAGUGGACGGUGAACGACAUGGGUCCUCUCGUAGCCAAGCCGAUCAUGCGUCCUCGAGACUUCGUGUUCCUCGAAAGUACGGGAAUCACUCAGUCACCGACCACCGGCGAGCGGAUGGGUUACCACAUUGUUCACUCACUCGAGAUGCCUGGCGUCCCUGAGCUCCCCGAGUACAAGUUAGUGCGUGGCAAGCUCGAGCUGUACCACAUCUUCAGGCAAAAGAGCAAGGGCGUCGUUGAAGUUUACGCGCGCGCGCUGUGCGAUUUGCAGGGCGAGAUGCCGUCGACUAGCGUGACGCUGUUUACUGCUGAAGCCAUGUCGACUUUGACGCUCACAGCCUUCUGCGCCGAGCGACACAAGGUCAUGUGGCUGCUGCACACGAUGGAGCCGUGCGAGAGCGGGAAGCCGUCGCUGGAUCUGUGCAGCGUGUGUACGAAGGACCUGAGCAAGAGCCUGCUCCCGUUCAUGAACAAGGCCUGUCGGAUCUGCUCUGGGCGCAUAUGCGCGCGAUGCAGGAUCCCCAAGCGCCUGAGCUUCCUCAACCGACGCACGCGUGGAGUUAUCAAGAAAACCAUCGACGUCUGCACUCGGUGCGUGCACACAGCCGCCCACAUGAACGCGCUCAGGGUCGCGCAGGGCGAGCUGUCCCUCGAAAACCCCAACUCUAUCUUCUACGAAUCCGCCAUCAAUCGAAGUGCGUCCUCCGUCUCCUCGGUCUCGUCGGGCUAA